CCAAUUGAAGUUCCAAGUCUUCCAUUACCAAUUUCCAAGUCAACUAAGCUAGCGUGUUACGAAAUUUACUUACCAACAUCUUAAGAGAAAACUCUUCUUCAACAGUUUUGUUGUGCUUGUUGUUCAGCCGGGAAUUCUUGGAUGGCUCUUUUCACUUUAUUUAUUUCAUUUCUUCUCACUAAUCUUGCUGUUCUUCACCCUGCUAAAGCAGAGAGAAACUACAGACGUUGCCCACCCUACUUCUGUAACGGUAGCAACAUCUCUUUCCCUUUCAGAUAUAAGGAACAUCCUCGUGAAUGCGGAUUGUAUUCUGUUGAUUGUUCUGAAGGCUUUCCAAGGAUCCAACUCAAAGAGGGAGGAUACUGGCAUGAAUUUGAAAGCUUAUCUCUGUCGAAUAAGAUCAUCUCGAUCAAUGACAAAGAGCUUCAGCAGCGACUGGAAAGAGAUUCCUGCGAUGAUGAAAGCCUCGACUAUUUAAGUCUUCCCGGCCCUUCUCCAAUAUCUGAUGUGUCCACCCCAUCCAAUCUGACCCUGUUCAAAUGCAGCAACACGCCGAACCCAACUAAUCCGGAUCUUGAACUCUGCUGCAGAGGUGCUUCCCAUACCUAUUAUUAUAAUUCUUCCAAUCAUACACCAAUACCUCCUCCGCUGUGUUCAGUUGUUCAGCUCCCCCGUCUUCCGGGUUGGUAUCCUUUGAAUCAACAUCACUCUAACCUCACUGUUAACUUCACCGUUCAAGUGACAGUAUCCAAAAAAUGUUCUAAAUGCUAUGAUAGAGGAGGCAUAUGCCUGGCACACGAGGGAGAAUCUGAUUGUUCAGUCGCACUAAAAGAAGAAAACAAGCGGCUGAAGCUAGGACUAGGUAUCGGACUUGGAGUACCAACACUUCUUGCAGCAUGCUUCUUUAUUCCGUGGUGUUACAGACAAAAAUGUGCUUUAAACUUGGUAUUAUCCACGAACAUUUCAAAUUCAGACAGAGAAGGGCGCAGCGUCUACUUUGGUGCUUCACUCUUCACCUACAAAGAACUUGAGGAAGCAACUAAUCAUUUUGAUUGUGAAAAAGAAAUUGGAGAUGGAGGUUUUGGAAUUGUAUAUCAUGGCAAACUUAAAGAUGGCCGAGAAGUUGCAGUCAAGCGAUUAUACGAGCACAAUUACAGACGUGCAGAACAAUUUAUGAAUGAAAUUGAAAUUCUUACCCAUCUGCGCCACAAAAAUUUAGUCACCCUCUAUGGAGGCACUUCACGCCACAGCCGUGAUCUCCUUCUUGUAUACGAGUACAUUGCCAAUGGCACUGUUGCUGAUCAUCUCCAUGGAGACCGAUCUGCCACAGGCCCACUUUCAUGGCCUAUUCGCAUGAGCAUUGCCAAAGAAACUGCAAGCGCAUUGUGUUACCUACAUGCUUCUGAUAUAGUACACCGAGAUGUGAAGACUACCAACAUUCUCCUUGACCACAACUUUUCUGUUAAGGUUGCUGAUUUUGGGAUCUCCCGGCUUUUCCCCCUUGAUGCCACUCAUGUCUCAACUGCUCCACAAGGGACCGCUGGUUAUGUUGAUCCAGAGUAUCACCAAUGCUACCAGCUAGCUCCCAAGAGUGAUGUUUAUAGUUUUGGGGUUGUUCUCGUUGAGCUUAUAUCAUCUUUACCAGCAGUUGAUAUAACAAGGCAUAGGGAUGAAAUCAACCUGUCUAACAUAGCGAUAAACAAGAUUCAAAAUGGCUUAUACUGUGAGCUGGUGGAUUCAUGUCUUGGUUCUGAGUCAGAUCCUGAAGUUAAAAGGAUGACAACUGCAGUAGCAGACUUGGCUUUUCAGUGUCUUCGGCAGGAUAGGGAUGCAAGGCCUAACAUGUGUGAGGUUUUGGAGGCUUUGAUGAAAAUCGAAAGCAGGAACGAUGUGCCAAAGAAUCUAAACGCAGCAUUCCGUGAUGCAGGGAUGGGAGAGAUUAUCCAGCCAUAUUCUUCACCAGAUUGUGACCGGAUUGGGUCGUUGAAGAACAUGAAGGCACAAUCUUCACCAAAUUCCGUGAUGGAAAAAUGGUCUAGCACUAGGUCUACUACACCUAAUGCCAGUGCCUGAUACUUUUCAAACUUGAAACUUUCCAUCAAUCAACACAUCUGCAGAUUCAAGUAGAUAGAAUUAUCUUGUAGUUGCUAUUUUCUUUUUUCUUCUUUUUAUGUUAAACAAAUAUAAUCAAUUGUUAUUUGUGUUCAUACUUCAUAGUUUGCAUAUAUUUAUGAUCAUGGUGUCCCAUUAUAGAUCUCCUUGCAGUUUGGCUUGGAAUGUUUCUGACUUUGGUCCGCCUUAUACUAUUUAUCAUUUAAGUUUUGGACCUGUAUGAUACUGAAAGGAUUUGUAUUUAUACUCUUUAUAUUGAGGUACUCUUUCAUUGAACA